AUGUAUAAGUUGAUUUCAAAUCUAAAGAAGAAACAAACUGAAGUUGUAGGAACAACUAUGGCAGUGGAGUUACCAAUUGCAAAGGAGGAAAGAGUUUACAAUGGGAAGAUCACUUGUUUUGUGAUUCUGUCUUGUAUGAUGGCUGCCACUGGAGGCAUUAUCUUUGGUUAUGAUAUAGGAAUUUCAGGUGGAGUAACAUCUAUGGUGCCUUUUCUGGAGAAAUUUUUUCCAGAAGUACACAUCAAGAUGAAGCAAGACACCAAUAUUAGCAACUACUGCAAGUUUGAUAGCCAGCUCCUAACAACAUUCACUUCAUCACUGUACAUAGCAGGCCUCAUAGCAUCCUUGUUUGCCUCAUCAGUCACAAGAGCCUUUGGUCGCAAACCAUCAAUCCUCAUAGGUGGUGCUGCAUUCCUCAUUGGAGCAGCUCUUGGUGGUGCAGCUCUCAACAUAUACAUGCUUAUUCUUGGUCGAGUUAUGCUUGGAGUUGGGAUUGGUUUUGCCAAUCAGUCAAUCCCUUUAUAUCUCUCUGAAUUGGCACCUCCAAGAUACAGAGGAGCAAUCAACACUGGCUUCCAGCUUUGUGUUGCCAUCGGUGUUCUAUCAGCUAAUCUCAUAAACUUUGCCACAGAAAAGAUCAAAGGUGGUUGGGGUUGGCGUAUUUCUUUAGUUAUGGCAGCAGUUCCAGCCUCAAUGCUCACUUUGGGGUCACUUUUCCUCCCAGAAACACCCAACAGCAUAAUCCAACGCAGCAAGGACCAUCACAAGGCUAAGCUAAUGCUGCAACGUAUCCGUGGCACCAAUGAUGUCCAACAAGAACUUGAAGACCUCGUUGAAGCAAGUAACGUUUCAAACUCCAUCAAACACCCCUUUAAGAACAUCUUGCAUAGAAAGUAUAGGCCUCAACUUGUCAUGGCAAUAGCCAUACCCUUCUUCCAACAAUUCACAGGAAUCAAUGUCAUUUCCUUUUAUGCUCCAAUCCUCUUCCUAACCAUUGGACUAGGAGAAAGUGCUUCACUUCUUCUGUCAGCAAUUGUAGCUGGGGUUGUAGGCACUACUUCAACAUUCAUCUCAAUGCUCAUGGUUGAUAAACUUGGGAGAAGAGUUUUGUUCAUAUCUGGGGGCAUCCAGAUGUUCUUGUCACAAGUUAUUGUAGGGAGCAUCAUGGCAACUCAACUUGGUGACCAUGGUGAAAUAAGCAAAAUAUAUGCAUAUUUGAUUCUAGGCUUGAUAUGCAUAUAUGUUGCAGGAUUUGCAUGGUCAUGGGGACCACUAGGAUGGUUGAUUCCUAGUGAGAUUUUCCAACUGGAGAUUAGAUCAGCAGCACAAAGUAUCUCUGUUGCUGUGAAUUUUCUCUUUACCUUCAUAGUUGCUCAAACUUUUCUAAGCAUGCUGUGCCAUUUCAAGUCUGGCACAUUCUUCUUCUUUGGGGGGUGCGUGGUGGUGAUGACAGUGUUUGUAUACUUGCUGUUACCUGAGACCAGGAAUGUGCCAAUUGAGCAAAUGGAUAGGGUUUGGAGAGAACAUAUUUUUUGGAAAAGAAUUGUGGGAGAAAAGAGUUGA